UUUGUACUCUCUUACCCCGCAGCAGUGGCAGGCGAGCACCUGUGGAGUUCCAGCGCCACCCAGAUCGCAGGGGCAGAAGGCGAGGGUCCCCAAGCGGCCGGCGGAGGCGGCAGUGAGGUGCAGGAAGACAGCACCCCAUCGGAUUAUGACAACCUGAACAGAGCGCCUUCUCGUCAGACCAUGGAGGAUGUCGCCGGUGAACAUUUCGACCCCAACGGUGAGGGCAACUCCGGCGAGGAAUCAGAGGAGGCGUGGCAGACCGUAGACGACUCCUCGUCGUGGUCCUCCUGCGAGGUUUUACAGCCGGACCAGGGCAGCGAUCCCGAGGGUCGAGUUGGUCCUGACUUGAAACCGAUGAGAUCCCCCUCGAGUCAAGCUGCAGAAGAUGACAAACACCUCGACGGUGACACGGAAAGUGACCUUGACGGAGGACGCCAUCUGAACACGCCGACAUCCGGCUCGAUCCUCAGCCCCCUCAGCACCGGCAGCUCAGAGGUGUUCCUCCCGUCUGGCCCUCCGGAACCUUCAGCAUCCGAGCCCGAUGAUGCUGAGUCGCUCCUGACUGAACUUCGACAGCAGAUGGCCCAGCAGAGGAGCGAGUACCAGGCUAGGAUACACAGGUUAGAGCGCUGCAACGACGCCCUUGAGCGGCAGGUGGCCGCACUGCGCGAGCGCCUGGAGUGGCAGAGGCGCAGCCAGAGCGCGGCCGAGAUCAGGAUCCGAGACGUGGAGCGGGCCAGGGCCGCCGCCGACCGACGCAACUCCACACUGCAGGCGGACAUGGAGCUGAUUUUCCGGACAUACAGAAAGAUCCAAAUGCGGGAACGGAGGCCUAAGAAUGUUGAUCGAGGCGGAAGGCGGGAACGCAUCUUGAAGAGUCUUUGAGGAUGGAGGGAAAGAUGAAGAAUUAGUCAUGUGGAUGCGGGACAAGGAUGUCAAAUCCAGUUCCAGAAAGUAAAAAGCUUUCGCCACGAGUGCUUCUGCUCAAGCGGCAGUUAAGGGCCCGUUUACCUGUCGGCUGUGUGAAAGCCAAACCGUGGCAGGCUUUUUACUUUCUGUAUCUGGAUUUGACAUCUCUGAUGACCCCAUUCCUACUUUUAUAUGCAAAACAGUACACUGCAAGUCUGUGUUCAUUUGCAUGAAUGAACUUUUACAAUAAAAGUCCCUCGAUCUGUGCUUUUUGUUGAAUUAAUCGACAAAAUACUGACUGGGAAUUUAUCCUGGGCAUCAAGAUCAAAAGCACAAGACACCCUACUUUUUGUGAGUUGCGCUUUUAAAACUCACAGGGCACCUCCUUCACGAUGACCAAAACCGACCUCGCGCGUGUAUUUUCACAGGAAAGACAAAGUACGUUUUUUUUGUGGUGAUGAAAAUGUUGACAUUUAUUCUCAAAUCCAGCCAAAAAUAAUCAUGUGCAGACACUAGAAACCACAACAAACAAAAAGGACAUAUUUUGAGACAUACUUCAGUCCAUUUAGAGGAGGGGUGGGCAACAUACGGCACAUGGGUCAUACAGCAUAUAUACAGGCUG